UGUGGUGUCCACCGUGAAGAUGUGGCUCCUGGUUCUAGCACUUUGUACUCUGGUUUCCGUAAUUUGUGGAGAUUCUCCUUCUUGCUCAAAGUACCAGGUUUCAUUUGAGAGCUCAUGUUAUGAGUUUGUCAAGUUCGAACGCACUUUCCAGAGUGCUGAAAGCUGGUGUGAAAGAGGUGGAGGUCACUUGGUCUUUAUAGAUCAACAGAAGACUCAGGAUUUUUUGGCUAAACAUUUAUUGGACAAUAGAGAUUGGUGGAUCGGUCUUGUUGGCGACUUACAAGCUGGCAACGAUACGCAUGAAGAAUCCAUGGUUUGGCUAGACACUACCAAUAUAAGCUACAGUUACUGGGAUAGUAGCCAGCCUGCCACAUAUGGCAAGUGUGGAUAUUUAACGAAAGAAACCAACUAUCGCUGGAGGACUACUGACAAUUGCACCCAGGAACUCUACUUUAUUUGCCAGUUUGAGACUGGCCAUACCAUAGCCUGCGAAAACAACAAUGCCACAGUACAGUGUGGGUCGGGGGAAGUGGUACAGAUCAGCGAUAGUUUCUAUGGUCGAAAGAGCCCCCACUUCUGUACCUCGGAGAUCCCCUUACAAAUGGCAAAUGGCUGCACAUGGACGAAUGUAAGCGAUCUAGUGGCAGGGCAAUGCCAUGGACUCCAGGCUUGUCAGGUUGCCAUGGAUGCUACGGUUUUUGGAGCGCCCUGUCCAAAUCUGGGCAGUUACUUGUCCAUAAAUUACUACUGUAUGGAAGGUUUGCAACUUGAUUUGAUGGACAGGUGUGUGGUGUUUGAAAAUGUCACAAUCACUGUGAAAUGGCUUUUAACCCCUUACACCGGAAAUCUUUCCUGUAUUAUAAGCUUGGGAGAUGGCCAGUCUAUUGAUCCCUAUCAGCCUGAGAAUGCAUCCAGCACGAUAACAUAUAGUUUCACAUCUCCUGGAGAAUUUGCUGUGUUUGUGGAAUGUUCAACCAGUGAAUGGCAUGUGACGGCUCAAGAAACCAUCAUAGUAGAAGAAAACAAUGGAAGUCUCAGCAUUACUGGCUGCUACAGCAAGUAUGACGCCAAGGAAGGGUUCUGUAGGACAAAGUAUGGAGAGACUCUCUGGAUACAGGUAGAAAUGAAUGCAGGCAACCAUCUUAACUACUCUCUAAUCGCAAACAAUGUAACUCUGAUUGAGUUCAGUGCAAUAACUGGGGAUGCGUGUCGUAACCUAACACUGGACGCAGUUGCCCAAAACUUACUAGGUCCAGGAGUGCACCAGAUACACAUCAUGGAGUCCAACAGUAAUUCAAAAACUAAAGUCAACAACACCAUUAUCCUCCACCUGGUUGAGGCCGUUUCUGGUCUACAGGCUCAUUUAUCCAACACCACAGUUGAAGCAGGAAAAGAACUAUUGAUAAAUGUAUCGGUUUCCCACGGGGCACCUCUUGAACUGAUGUUUGUGUUUCAAGGUUCCGAUAAAACUUUCAAUCAUACAAGAGAAUAUCCAACUGGGCUACCGACAAUGUACAACAUUCCUGUUAAUGUGGAAGGAACCUAUUCGAUAACUGCUGUAGCUAUGAAUGCUUUCUAUAACAUAAGCCAGGAAAUUGGAAACAUCACAGUAGUAGACAACGACACUCCACAAAAAGUAAAUCAAGACAAAACAGGACCAAAAGCUGGGAAGGAUACUGUGAAGAGGAGGCAGAUGAUACAAAUAGAACCUGGCAGACAUGUAAAUCCUUUCACCAUCAUUACCCUGCACUGGCCAAACCUUGUGAGCUACAAUAUUUCCUGGUCUUGUGGAGCUUGCUGGCCUGAAUGGUUUGACUGUGUUCAGCAGAAUGUAAUAUCCACAAACUUGCAGCAGGUUCUAAUUCCGAGAGACUGUCUUCCACCUCCGAGCACGGCCUUCACCAUCAAAGCUGAUGUGACGCUCAGUGACAUGGACUCUGUUCAGGAUGAACAAUGUGUUUAUGUGACGGCUAAACCCACACUCCAUCCACAAAUCAGUUGUAAGAAGAACUGCAAAGAAAUUAAUGUCAAUGAGGACCUGGAGUUCACUGCUUCUUGUGACAGCUGUGAAGGUGUGAAGUACAACUGGUAUAUCGAUGGCAAUUUCCCUGUGAAGGCUGUCCCACUUCCUGCGGCCUGUAACCUGCGUGAUUUCAGACAGAAUGCCUUGAUACUGCUGCAAAGUAACACGUCUGAUCUUGUGCUCAACAGCACCUUCCUGAAGAGCCAAUCGGAAGCUGUCUUUAGGAUAAAGUUGAUAGCCAUGAAUUCUGAAGAAUAUGGAGAAGAGACAAUGAUCAUUAGCACACUGCCCUCUCCAGAGGUUCCGAGCUGCUCUAUACAUCCCAGUGAGGGUUCCGUUCUAACCAGAUUCCAGAUCUCCUGCUCUUCUCCAUGUUCUUUAACCAGUUCCUGCUCCAAGGAUGAGCGAAUGACUCUUACCUAUUGCAUCUUCCCAAAGCCAAACUCGCAGCUGUAUUGUGGCCCAAGUCUAGAUUUUCCGUCAGUUUAUCUGCCUCUGGGAGAGGAAGAACAUGACUUUGUAGUAAACAUUACAGUUCUUGUUACAUCCAACUUUGGGCAUUCAGUCAACACAACUGUGAAAGCUAAGAUCAAAUAUGAUGAGACAAACGCUAACAGACAAAUCCUGGCAUCAUAUGUGGCUGAGAAUUCACGUAACGUUUUGAAAAAAGGGCCUUUUGGUUCUUCAUUAAUCCAGCUAUAUAAAUCAGUAUCUUCUGUCCUAAAUCAGGAGAUGCCCGGAAUCCGUCAAAAUUCGUCAUGGCAAAGAGAAAACAAUAAAGAGUUACGAGAGAUAAUGCUGACAACUCUGUCUGCUGUAAAUGUCACGUCUCUGCAAACCGCUCUUGAAAUGUCUGAGGUGCUGAAGGACCUUACUUGGAGGAGUGAAGAGCUCUCUGCAUCAGCUCAGGUGGAAGCCAGCGGUUCUUUGAAGGAUGUCAGUGGGUCCUUAUUGACCAUGAGUGAUGAAUCAGACCAAACAAGGAAAGAGGCUGUAAAUCAUCUCUUUAAUGCUGUCAGCAAUGUGCUAGAAGCCACUGCAAGCAAUGGGAGCUCACAUAUGGCGGAGCCAGGAGGUGUGCAGAAUACAGUGUCACUCCAUCUUCUAAGCGCAGUGGAAAAUCUGCAGAGUGCGUUGCUAAUUGGGAAACUGCCAGAUAAUGAGCCCAUAAUCCUGACUACACCCUCUGCUACCAUGUAUAUAAACAGACUGCAAACUGACCAUAUGGAUGGGGCUUCUGUGAAUAUUCAGGACUCAAAAUCAGCCGCCUUCACCUUACCGCCUCUCUCUUCCCUUGGUUUUUCUACAGAAAGUAAUGAUGCCGUGGAUCUGCGGAUGGUGAGUUUCUCAGUAAAUCCAUUCCCCUCGAGUGGCACUCUUGACGUCAGUGGAUCUGUAGGAGGACUGAGCCUUACCAGCACUAAUGGAUCAGUCAUACCUGUUAAGAACCUCGAUGACUACAUUGAAAUAAUACUGCCAAGAGUUUCACCAGUCGGUGAAGUGAAGACGGUUUUAAAUUUGGACAACUUCACAACUCUUCUAAUAAAUGUGACCUCUGUCAGCAUCCCUUUGGUUUUUUAUCUGGAGCCCAGCAGGGAUGUACCCUUCUUUCUCUACUUGGGAUAUGAGUAUUAUCCAAACGAAACUAAUUAUGACAUCACGACUUAUAUGGCUAAUGCGGAAGGUAAUUCGUAUUCUUGGGUAAUAAGCCCAGAGGAUCUAUUUCUGGGGGAAGGAACAUAUUACUUGACUGUGAAACCUGACCUGGAUGAAGAUAAGGCUAGUAAAAGCAAUCUUACCAUAGCCAUAACCUCCUUCAUGUCUCAGUGUGUGUUCUGGGAUGACGUCAAUCAAGACUGGAAUAACACUGGAUGCAAGGUUGGACCUAAAACAACUCCUACCAGCACCCAUUGUGUUUGUAAUCACCUUACUUUCUUCGGGAGCUCCUUUAUCGUUAUGCCCAAUGCUAUCGAUGUCACCAAAACUGUUGAACUCUUUGCUACGUUUGUGGACAAUCCAGUUGUGGUUACCACUGUUGGGUGCAUCGCUGUUCUUUACGUGAUGGUGUUAAUUUGGGCCAGAAGGAAAGACAUCCAAGACAAUGCCAAGGUGAAGGUCAUUGCAUUGGAAGAUAAUGACCCAUUUGCUCAGUACCGAUACCUGGUCACAAUUUUCACUGGUCAUCGCAGAGGAGCUGCCACAACUUCCAAGGUGGCCAUUACCCUAUAUGGCUCUGAAGGUGAGAGUGAACCUCACCAUCUAUAUGACCCUGAUGGAGCUGUGUUUGAGCGAGGUGGAUCAGAUAUCUUCUUGAUCACAACCCUCUUCCCACUCGGGGAGUUAAUGAGCAUCAGACUUUGGCACGACAACUCUGGAGACAAGCCAUCCUGGUACGUUAACAGAGUGUUGGUUCAUGACAUGGAGAUGGACCAGAAAUGGUAUGUCCUUUGUAAUUCAUGGCUGUCCAUAGAAGUAGGAGAUUGUGUACUGGAUAAAGUGUUCACCAUUGCAACCGAGGAGGACAUGAAACAGUUCAGCAAUCUAUUUUUUAUGAAAACUUCCAAAGGUUUCAGAGAUGGGCAUAUCUGGUACUCUGUUUUUAAUCGAUCUCCCAGAAGCCCUUUCACUCGGGUACAACGGGUCUCCUGCUGCUUUUCACUGCUUCUUUGCACAAUGUUGACCAGUAUUAUGUUCUGGGGAGUUCCCACUGACCCAGCCGAACAGAAGAUGGACUUAGGUAAGAUCGAAUUCACCUGGCAAGAGGUGAUGAUUGGAUUUGAAAGCUCCCUCCUGAUGUUCCCCAUCAACCUCCUCAUUGUUCAGAUCUUCAGACACAUUCGACCAAGGCAGUCUAAGGGUUCCACGGACAAAGAGAAAGACAAAGUAUCUAUGCCAUCAGCUUCUAGGAGAUCCCCACCAGAGAUUUUCAGCUCAUCUCUCACAUCUGAGUCUGUGAUAAAGGAUAUCCGGAAAAUUGCUAGCUCCCUCUUUAAAACCCAGAAGAAAGCCUUGCCUGAUGUAAAUCUCGCCGAAACUGUAGAUAUAAACCGCCUGCUGUCUUUGGUGGAAGAUAUUGUCCUUAGACAAAACCGCGUUGGACAAGACUUUUAUGAAGAAGGGAAAAAGAAAGAUCAAAGUCUUAUUCUCAGCCUGGGCUCAGUGAACCUUCAAGAUGAAACUAGGAGCCCUUCUCCAGAGCAGAGAGUCAACGCAAGACCUCCACGUUGUGAUCAGAGCCGUUAUCUUUACCACCAGCUCCAGCAAGUGGAGAGGAAAAUGGAAUUCCUGGGGCCGCACCAAUUCCAAAACCAUCAGAGUUACGGCCAGGCUAUCAGCCAGGUGCAGCACAUGAAAGAGAUUUUGGAAAAUCGUAUCCAUUCCACCUCUUUUGCCAGUGAAAUAUGUUCAUCCAUGGGCAGUCUCUCUGAAAACGGGAAGAAGAAUGCAACCAAAGGACUUCCCUGGUGGUUUGUCUUCAUCGGCUGGUUUCUCGUUGCUUCUACAAGUGGUGUGUCGGGAUUUUUCACUAUGCUAUAUGGGUUGCAUUACGGGAAGGACAGUUCCAUCAAGUGGCUUAUCUCCAUGGCCAUCUCAUUCUUCGAGAGUCUCUUUAUCACACAGCCUUUAAAAGUGCUGGGGUUUGCAGCAUUUUUUGCACUUGUCCUAAAAAAAGUGGAACCAGAAGAUGAAGAAGAGACAUCUCUAGGUGGAAGUCUGUCCGUACCAGGUAAUCCCAAUCCUUUUCUGGAAUCACGCAGAGACAGUAACAUCUACCAGCCUCCUCCUCCCACCGAUGUCUCCAGGAUGAAGAACUAUUAUAUAAAGGAACAAAAAGUGUUUGGGUUAAUUCGAGAAAUACUGGCCUACAUAGGCUUUCUAUGGAUGCUCCUGCUGGUUGCCUACGGGCAGAGAGACCCCAACUCAUACUACCUUAAUAAACAUAUCGAACACAGUUUCACCAAUGACCUUGAAGAUGUAUGCAGCUAUAAGUGCUUCUUUACCUGGGCAAACACAACCUUAAUCAACAACUUGUAUGGGAGCUACCCAGGAUUUGUAACAGAUGGUAACUCCAAGCUUGUUGGCACCACAAGACUCCGUCAGCUUAGAGUAAAGCGUGAUUCUUGCCCAAUUGUGCCAGCGCUGCGUAAUAAAAUAGAAAACUGCCGUUCACCAUACUCAUUGGAUGCUGAAGACAUGGGUCAUUAUGAGGAACACUGGAAUGUGUCUUCCGCAACAAACAUUACGGAAACAGACACUGCCUGGAGCUACCAGAACCAAUCCAAACUCAGAGGUUAUCCAACCUGGGGAAAACGGGCUACUUACAGGGGAGGGGGCUAUGUGGCACAUUUAGGAAAUGAUCGGAAAACUGCAUCCAGGGUCCUGCAGGACCUUUUUAGCCAUGUUUGGCUGGACACCUACACCAGAGCCGUCUUUGUAGAGUUCACGAUUUACAAUGCCAACGUGAAUCUCUUCUGUAUCGUCAAACUGAUAUUUGAGACCAAUGCAUUGGGUGCGUUCUUUACUCACAGUGAACUUCAGAGCAUUCGUCUCUAUCCAUUCACGAACGGCUUACAUAUCUUCGUUGUUGCUGCUGAAGUUAUUUUUUACCUGUUCAUUAUUUACUACAUGGUGGUGCAGGGUAAACUCAUGAAGGAACAGAAGUGGGGCUAUUUCCGGAGUAAGUGGAACCUGCUGGAGUUGGCGAUAAUCAUUAUUAGCUGGAGCGCUCUCUCAGUGUUCGUGAAAAGGACAAUCCUUGGCUCAAAGGACAUCAGCUAUUAUCAGAAACACAAAAACGAGUUUGUAAGUUUUAAUGAAACGGCUGUAACGGAUGCAGCCCUGGGGUACCUGAUUGCUUUCUUGGUGCUGUUGUCAACCAUUAAGUUGUGGCAUCUUCUCCGACUCAAUCCCAAAUUGAACAUGAUCACGGCAACGCUACAGAGAGCCUGGGGCGACAUAUCUGGAUUUAUUAUAGUUAUUGUCAUAAUGUUCCUGGCCUAUUCUGUAGCUUGCAAUGUGAUAUUUGGUUGGAAGCUUAAGUCCUACAAAACGUUGUUCGAUUCAGCAAAAACCAUGGUCAGCCUUCAGUUGGGGAUCUUCAACUAUGAGGAGGUCUUGGAUUAUAAUCCUAUUUUGGGCUCCUUCCUAGUUGGAUCGUGCAUCAUUUUCAUGACAUUCGUUGUAAUGAAUCUCUUCAUAUCUGUUAUACUGGUAGCGUUUACCGAAGAGCAGAAACAUCACCAGGCCUCAGACGAAGAGGAAAUUGUUGACCUCAUGCUGAUGAAAAUCUGCAGUUUUUUCGGACUUUUUCGACAUAAAAAGGAAGAAACGGAUAAAGGAGAGAGUGCUUUGAAGGCCUCUGCCGGUGGCCAGGACAACUGAAAAAGCCUAGGAGAAAUAUUAUGUAUUCUUAGAAAAAUUGAUUAGCUGUAUUGUUGUAACAUUGUAUGUUACGGUUUUUCUGUUACAGGUAUAAGGAAUUGACUGACAUGGAAAUAUAUUUAUUAAAUGUGAUAGUGCUCACUUUUGCAAGGUACUGAUUAAAUAAUGCAUCACAA